AUGUCUUCCUCAUCAUCUUCACAAAAUGCAAUCUUGGUUCUUGGCACCACAGGUGUUGGAAAAAGUAGUCUUUGUUCCUACUUGACCAAUUCCAAUCAUUUUGCAAUCAGUGAGGCAACAUCAUCAUGCACUGCAAAGUGUGACCAUUUCUUCUCGACUGAACUUGGUGUUCAUGUCGUAGACACUCCUGGUUUGAGAGACACUCGUCAAACCAACCCUCCUUCUGGAUCCACUAUGCGUUUCGAUCGUAAUAGUCUCACCGCUGAAAUUCUCUCUUACUGUAAACAGCAUUCUUUCAACAUUCGACUAGUCAUUUUGUUGAUUGACGUUUUACCUCGUUGCAGAUUGGAUGAAGAUGUGAAUUUCUUAAUUACUACCAUCACUGGACUCGCAAGUGAAACGGACAGUAGAAUUUUGAUGGCUUGUUCCAAUCGUGAGACCCCUUCUCGUGUCACUCGAAUGUAUCCUGCUUAUCCGUGUGUGCAAUUGGAUUGGAAUGACACGAUUGGAGGAUAUACUUUUGAUAAGACCAUUUAA